AUGUCUUGGUUCGGUGUCGUCCCGCUCAAGAAGUUCCCGGCGCCAGUGUUGCGUCCGAUGGCUCCGUUUCUGGCUGCCGCUGCCGUCAUUGCCUAUGGCGUCAACGCUGCCCAGAAUGCGAUGAUGAAUGGUGAGGAGUUCAGGAACGACCCCCGCAACCCGAACCGCAGGGCUGGACACUAG